UCCGUCUUUGGUUCCGAUACAAGACUUCUUGAUUCUCAUAUACCUUUACUAUGCUACAGUAAAACUGUAAUAGAUAUUCGCUUUUUUUUAACCCAACGUCAAAUAUGUUCACGAGUUGGACCACACUAGUGAAAUAUGUAUUCUUUCAAGUCUGGAUUUAAACACGGAAACUGCUCCUAGCCAAUGACUCCUAGCUAGUUGAUGUUAGCAUUUAGCCGCUCUGACUGUAAACAAUGCAAUGAGGACGGACGAAGGUUCCGGUUGACACGGAAACUAAUAGUGAGGAGCACGAAGUCAAAUAAGUGUUUGCUGCAGUUUCAUUUGGAUGCUCUGCCCUCCAUGGAAUCCCUCAACACGUUUGAAUCUGAGAUGGAGGCUGAUGGACAGGGGAACUACUCUCUGUUUCCUGCUCUGGACAGCAUUGCAACUCUGUCUGGCACCACUGAAACUCUAGAGAGUGAACCACCCAGCGAAAUAGCAGAGAAACCGAACCUGACGUGGCUCGAUGCUGCGCAGAUUGUUUUGGAGGAAGCGGGAGGUCCCAUGCACAUAAAGGAAAUUAAACAGAGAAUCAUCGACAGGGGACUUGUUCAAUCCAAUGCAAAAUCAAGCUUGGAAGCCGUCAUGUACCGCGAGACACAAAAAGGCAGCAGGAGAUUCAAGAGGAUUGAAAACAGAAACGGAGUCUUUGCUCUGCUGACUGAUGAGGAGCGGCAACAGGCCCUGCAGGCUUUCACCGCCCAGUCUUUCCUCAGCUCGCCGCAGCAGAAUACCAUCUCUGGUUCUGGGUCAGGAGUCUCAGCACCCACCUUCCCAUCUCCCACUACCUCCUCUGAGCAUAAGGCCAAGGGGAAGAGGGGUCCACGAAAGAACCAGAAUGAAAAAUAUAGGCUCAAGUACCUCCGGCUGCGCAAAGCUGCUCGUGCCAUGAUAUUUGAAAAUGCAGCUCUCUGUGAUGAAGUUGCUCACAUAGAAGAAAAGUUUCUGAGAGCAAAGGAGGAGCGGAGGUUCUUACUAAAAUCCUUGUUGCAAUACCAGUCUCUGUCAGAGGGGGAGCUACUGCCCACACCCAGCUCAAGCGCUCAUCUACCUUUACCACCAGUGGCAUUGUCCUCAGGUCCUUCUGGGGCUUCAGGUCUGUCCACUACUCACAGUGUGUCAUCAACAGUGCCAACAGGCGAAGAAGGAGCACUUAAAAAACCCAAAAAGGAAAGGAAGGAGCGGGGGAGGGAGAAUGGAAAGGAUGAACUUCCAAAGAAGAUGUCCAAGAAGAGAAAACUCGCAGAUGGCUCACGGAAGGUGGUGCAACCCAUCCCUCUUGACUCUUCUGGCCGUCCUGUCUUUCCCAUAGUACUGGGAGGUUUGACAGUCUACAGUCUGGGCGAGAUCAUCACAGACAGAAUGCUGUUUCAUGACGAGUGUGCCAUCUACCCAGUGGGCUUCUGCAGCACGCGCAUCUUUGCCAGCAUGAAAAACCCCGAGCAGCAGUGCCUCUACACCUGCCAAAUCAAGGACGGGGGAACAGGCCCACAGUUUGAGAUCGUGCCUGAAGAGGACCCUCAGAAUGCGAUCGUGGCCUCCUCCGCCCUGACGUGCCAUGCCAAUCUACUGAAGGCCAUCGCGUCUGUGAGUUCCAAGUCCAUGGUGUCGAUUGUUCCAUCAGGAGCAGACUUCUUUGGCUUCUCUCAUCCCACCAUCCAGAAUCUCAUCCAGAGUUGUCCCGGAGCUCGCAAGUGUAGCAACUACAGAUGGAUCCGUUUUGAGGUGUGUCGCCCCGGCGAUGGCCAGGUCCCUCACAGCCUAUCAGAGGAUGAUGCCUCAAUCAACUUUGAAGCGUUCCAGAGGCACCACGGCUUUGAGAACAUCAAGAUAGAGCAUAUCACAGGACAGACACCACAGUCUCCUAGUUUAUCUCAUCAGCAUCACCUCACCUCCCCCACCAUGAAGGCUUCGACCUCAUAUUUCAGCUCCUGAUGCUCUGUGCCGGAGCACCUCUGAAAUCAAGGCCAUACCUGAGCUUAGUUGUUGUAAAUAUUCCUUGUAAAUUACAAGAUGGAGCAUAUUUUUUUUCCCUCCACCAGGGGGCCUGGGCUUUCUUUUCAAUGUGGCUUUUUGUUAGUUAGGCUCUCUUUAAACUUCAAUAAAAGUCGGUGUUUUCAUGUUGA